AUGAGGGCGAUUCUACAAUACCUCUAUUUGACCUAUCUACCCGUUAGUGCUCAGUGGGCUCGCUGCUUUACCCGUCGCUAUCGAAACUUUGGUAUCCGAGUUACAUCCGGCACAGAAGCAAGCAACAAUAAUGUCAAGAGCUACCUCUUGAACGGCAUGAGCCACCUAUACCGACUCGUCGAGGCAAUGGAAGAUAUGAUACACGACCAAGAACGUGCGUUUACAGACGCCUGCGGGCAGGACGAUAUUCUCACUGCUCCCCAGUACCUGGGUUCAAGUGCAGACUAUCUUGGCGAAUUACGAACAACUACAUCAUCAAAGGGACUUAGAUUGAUCAACAAGCAGUACCGUCUUGCCUGCAAGUUUUUGCCGACGGGUAAGAAUCCCUUUCCUGACUCUAUUGGGCCUUGCGACGACGACUGUACAGUUUCUAUUGAGCUUGGCAUACCUUGCUAUCAUAAAGUCUACGCAAAGCUUGAAUCUGACACGCGUUUUACUAAAUGGGAGGUUCAUCCACGGUGGCGACUGCGAGAAUCAGUAUCUCAAGAUCCAUACCGGCGAAUCCUUGACCCGAAAAUUGCUACUAAAUUACGUGGAAGACCGAAGAACACUGCACAGGCUGUUCCAAUAAGCCUAACUAUUACAUCAAGUAGCAAAUCUGCUAGCCAAUCAAGCGGAAGAAGACGAGGCCGGCCACCUGGAAGCCUCAAUAAAUCAAACCUUGCCAAGAAAGCGCAAAAAGCAACUCGAGAAACCAUCAUACAGACUAAUAGCCAAAUUGGCACCCCAACCCAGGAACGGCCGAGUAGACUUCCCGCCGGUCUUAGGACUGGGAAGACAACAGGCGUGCGCUACAGUGGUCGGAGGACACAACGAAAUAUUCGCAGGUCAAGAAGUCGAUGGGAACUGGCCAAGGGUGAUGCAGAAGAUGCGGGGUGCAUUGUUGUGAGGCAAUAA